AUGCUGACUUACCUGGAGCACCAUCGAUCCGUGAGACCAUCAAGUAUGCUUUGCGUCUAUCUCUUGUUUUCGUCAUUGUUUGACUCAAUGCACUGUCGAACUCUCUGGUUGCUUCACAACGCCCAGCCCUUGGCAACUAUCGUAUCAGCAUUGCUGGCAACAAAAGUCGCUUUGUUACUCCUAGAGUCCCAGAAUAAGACUUCUAUACUCAGCGGCAAAGGUGAGUCCCUGGGUCCUGAAGCUACCAGUGGAAUCAUCAGUAGGAGCCUUUUGUGGUGGCUCAAUGAUCUCUUCUUGACCGGCUACGGAACGACUCUAUCGGUAGAAAAGCUGCACCUUUUAGACUUGGAGCUUCGCUCGGAGACUUUGUUGCACCGAAUGCAUCUUAACUGGCCGCGUUACAGAGACUCUGGGAAGCAUGCACUGCUUCGCACCUUGCUCAGCUCUACAAAGGCUGCUUUGCUUGCUGGGGUUGUUCCAAGAAUAUGCUAUUCUGCCUUCAAGAUGUCGCAGCCGUUUCUAAUCAACAGGGUUAUCCGCCUUGUUCAAAACCAGGGAACUGAAGGAGCAUAUUCUCCCGAAGUAGGCUACGCACUCAUCCCUGCGACGGUUUUCUUGUACCUUGGACUUGCUAUCGGCUACAGCUUCUCCCAGCAAAAGAUAUAUCGAAUGCUCACCGCAAUUCGCGUCUCCCUUACGUCGUUCUUGUUGGAUAAUGCCACGGACCUAGAAUCAGGGGCCAAAGAAAGUUCCGCUGUUCUGACAUUGGUCACAACCGACGUAGGUGUCAUCGAACGAGCUUUCGCACAGAUCCAUGAGCUUUGGGCAACUCCCAUCGAACUUGGCCUGGCUCUUUGGUUUCUUGUCGUUCAAAUGGGAUGGGGCUCGGUUGGUCCUGCAAUAGCGGUACUAUUCUCAUUCAUAGGGACAUUUCAACUGUCCAAGUUCAUGGCACCUGCUGUCAAAGCCAACAAUGAAGCCACCCAAAACAGAAUCAGCAACACGAGUAGUGUUUUGGGAUCAAUGAAGGAAAUAAAAAUGCUCGGGUUGGUCGAACCGUGGCUUAGAGCCAUUGUUAGGCUGCACGAUAUUCAGAUGAAGAGGUCUAUUUUCUUCCGCAAGCUGAUUACUCUCAUGAAUUUGCUAGGGAAUACACCGUCCAGGUUUGCGCCCGUCUUGACCUUUGGCAUCGCCCUUCUUUCCUUUGGGUCUAAGUCAGGCGAAAAGUUCACCGUGGCGAAAGCUUUCACUGCCAUGAGCAUCUUAGGUCUUGUCACGGGGCCACUUUCUUGGCUCAUGUUUUCCUUGCCAACUUUGAUAAGUUCUUUCGCGAGCUUCACUAGAUUGCAGGACUUCAUCAUGACUUGCGAGGACAGUAGAGUACGUUACAGCGAUGCUGUAAUCCCAGGAGAGCUGAAUGGCCCAAGCCCAGGCACUGGCUCCGGAGCUGUGGCACCAUUCGGAUUCUUGGGGGACGCGAUCAUCGCUGCCAAAGACGCUAGCAUUAUAUUCAAGACUGAUGACGAAGCUGUUUUGCGAGAUAUUAAUCUUUCCAUCCAACCCGGCUCGUUCACACUAGUGGCUGGCAAGGUCGGUUCUGGGAAGACUGUUCUCUUGAGGGGAUUGCUUGGUCAAUUACAAACAAAAGGCUAUCUCAAAGUAUACGGAGCUGGCGCUGCAUAUUGUGCCCAGACACCAUGGCUUAUGAAUGCCACCGUGAGAUCAAAUAUCUUAGGACAGUCGGCGAUGGAUAAUGAUUGGUAUAAGACAGUGGUCUCUGCAUGUGCACUCGAUCGGGACUUGGCACAACUUCCUAACGGUGACAUGUCCUUAAUUGGGCCCAACGGACUUUCUUUAAGUGGCGGCCAGAAGCAACGCAUAUCGCUGGCUCGUGCAUUAUAUUCAAGGAAACCGGUUGUGGUCAUCGACGACGUCUUGAGCGGCCUGGACUGGAUAACCCAGCGCCAUGUGUAUAAUCGUGUCUUCGCACCAAAAGGGCUUCUCAGGGGAAGUAAAACCACUGUUAUUCUUGCCACUCACGCUCUGCACCUAAUUGACCGGCCAGAUAGCGUUAUCCUACUAGGGGAUAAAGGCCCAGGCCAAGUAAUACAGGGGCCAUUGGACGAACUUAAGGCCUCUACGGGUAUACAAGCUUUAAUAUCGUCCUCAAGAGAAGAAAGCUCAGCCCAUGAAGAUGAAAUAGCUCAAAAAGGAACAUUACUCAAAACGGCUCAGGGGCCUCCUCGACAAAAGGACGUUGACGGUAAAAUCGACUCCAAAAUACGGACAUCUGGGGAUAUUUCGCUGUACUUGUACUAUUUCAAGGCAAUUGGCACGAGAAAAUUGAUGAUACUCCUUAUUAGCGAGGCAGCAAAUGCGUUGACGAACAUAUUUCCAGAGAUUUGGCUCAUGAUUUGGACGACAGCCAACUUGAAGAACCCGAAAACAAGCAAUGGUUGGUACUUUGGUAUUUAUACCCUUGCCGAGGUCGUAGGCCUGGUUUUAUUCGGUUGGUCGAUCUGGUUUGUCAUAAUCAACGUAACAACAUCGUCUGUUAAGAAGCUACACUUGGCCCUACUCAAAACCGUCAUGAAUGCACCGUUGUCCUUCUUCGUUUCUACCGAUGUAGGCGACUUGAUAAACCGAUUCAGCAAAGACCACGACAUUAUCAAUCAGCGCCUGCCUCUUGGGUUAUGGCUGAGCGUUAGCGGGGUCUUUUCGCUCCUUACAUCCACAGCCAUGGUGCUCUACGGCUCACAAUAUCUUGCCAUAGCCUUGCCGCUUAUUGUUCUUGUAGUGUACUGCAUACAGGCAUUCUACCUGAGAACAUCUCGUCAAUUGCGGCACCUGGAUCUGGAGGCUACCGCCCCUCUGUAUUCGCACUUGAAGGAAACUAUUGAUGGGAUAUCGACCAUCCAAGCUUACGGGUGGGUGCCUGCCUUUGAAGAAACGUCACUAAGACUGCUCGAUAACUCCCAGAAGCCUCAUUAUUUCCUCCUCGGGGCUCAAUGCUGGCUUAAGCUUGUCUUGGAACUCUUUGUUGGAAGUCUCGCUGUUACUCUCAUCACACUUGCAGUCAUGGCCCCAGGAGGCACUAGUGCUGGAGCUAUUGCGUUGGGAUUAGUCAAUGUCAUUAGUCUGAGCUCAGCACUGGUUGAGCUUAUAUCACACUGGACAGGUCUUGAGGGUUCUCUGGGCGCGAUAGAGAGGCUCAAGAGCUUUGAAGCAAAUACACCACAGGAGGUGACGAGCCCACAGCCACGGCAACCGCCUGAGAAGUGGCCCUCUCGGGGGCUGGUGGAAUUUGAUAAAGUGACCGCGUCCUACUCUGCCAACAGCGGCAACGACCAUUACCGAGCUCUCAAUAGCGUCACGCUGUCGAUACGCCAGGGGGAGAAAGUUGCGGUCUGCGGCAGGACAGGUAGUGGAAAGUCGACGCUGCUUCUCACCUUGUUCCGGCUGCUAGAUCCAGACUCGGGCACGAUUACGGUCGACGGAAUAGACAUUUCGAAUAUUCCGCAAAACGUCUUGCGGCCGCGCCUCAUCGCGGUGCCACAGGAGCCGAUGCUUUUCCCGGGGACACUUCGAACCAACAUUUGCCCUGGUGGGAGAACGGAUGAGAUGGAGGCGGGCGAGUCUGACGAGCACAUCAUCUCUUGCUUGCGAAAAGUCGAACUCUGGGAUAAAAUAAGUGCAAAGGGGGGCCUCGACAGCGACGUGUCAGACCUGGGUCUCUCGCAGGGCCAAAAACAGCUCCUUUGCCUCGCUCGAGCGCUUAUCCGCAAGGAUAUCAGCGCGGUGCUUGUGCUAGACGAGGCAAUGAGUGCGGUUGAUCGGGAGACUGAGGAGCUCAUGGUCAAGGUGCUUGAAGAGGAAUUUGCCCACCACACGGUCCUCUCUGUAGUACAUCGACUGAACACGGUUCUCAAGUAUGAUCAGGUAGUGGUAUUGGAUGGCGGGACGGUUGCCGAGGUCGGUAAGCCAGAGACUCUUUUGCAGGACCAGAAUGGCCGAUUUCGAGCGCUGUGGGACGGACAGCAUUGA